AUGCGUCAGCAUAAACGAUUGGUGAUGACUGAUGACCUUACUAUCUUCCUCUAUUAUGUGCAGAUAUGCAUUACAACGAGUACGUCUGCUGGCUUAGAGCAGAUUUUGCCAUGGAUGUUCUAUCAUAAAGUUAUUGGGGUGUCAACCUUUUUUCUCUUUGUUGAAGGGAAGGCUGCAUCUCCUGCUGUGUCCAAAGUCCUUGAAUCCAUUCCUGGAGUGAAAGUAAUAUACAGAACCACAGAGCUGGAAGAGCAACAAGCUAAGAGUCGGAUCUGGAAUGAAACAUGGCUGUCAAGUUUCUUUUACAAGCCUUGCAAUUAUGAGCUUUUUGUGAAGCAAUCCCUCAACAUGGAGAUGGCAAUUGUCAUGGCAAGGGAUGCUGGCGCUGAAUGGAUAAUUCAUCUAGACACUGAUGAAUUGUUACAUCCAGCUGGUUCUCGGGAGUAUUCUUUGAGGCAGUUGCUAAUUGACGUGCCUGGGAAUGUGGACAUGGUUAUCUUUCCCAAUUAUGUAAGAAAUUUGGGCAUCUCUUUGUUUCGGUGUGGGUGGGGGAGACAAACUGUUUCUUUUUGUGCUCACUAUUUCUAG